AUGGCUUCCUCAAGCGUCCCCGCGAACCCGACGCCCCAGACGGUGAUCCAGCUCGUGCAGAAGCUGGGAGAUGCAGACCCGGAUUUCCGGUUCAUGUCGCUCAACGAUCUACUCCAGGUCCUGGCAAACGGCAAGCCUGACUUCCUGCACCACGACUACAACGUAGCCGCGCGUACGGUUGAUAGCAUCAUCAAGGCGCUCGACGACCAGAAUGGAGAGGUGCAGAACUUGGCGAUCAAAUGUCUCGGACCUCUGGUCAUGAAAGUACCGACCCCGAUUAUCGCGCCGAUGAUUGAGAAACUCUCUGCAAUCAAGCUGAAGAACUCGGUUGACAAUGCUGUUCCAUCGCUCGCCCUGCGCGCUGUCAUUAUGGCCCUCCCGAAACCUACACCUGGCUUGCCGCCCACCAAGGACGUGCAGGAAUCAUACCAAGCCGUCAGUCGUGUUCUGAUCCCGCGGCUUCUGGGACCCGGCGGCAAAGUUCAGCCACAGAACCCUUCAAACAACAUCCAGUUGCCGCCCGUACCGCAAGGUCUCCUUAAGGUGGACAAAGACCUGAGCGCAGAAUCGGUGGACAUCCUCAUUGAGGUCGUCAGGUGCUUCGGCGUCAUGCUUUCGCCCCUUGAGGUUGAGGCGAUGCAAGAUGCGGUCAUCACCCUGCUUGAGAACGACAAGACGUCGUCAGUCGUGAAGAAGAGGGCUGUGGUGGCCAUUUCGAUACUUGCUGUUCAUUUGUCGGACGCUUUACUCAGCCAGAUGGUCGAGCGCAUGGAAAACGACUUGAAAAAGUCUGAAAUCUCUGCUGUCACCCGUCGGCUAUACAUUUCCAUCACCGGCUCGUUGGCGAGAUCGAUCCCCGCCCGCUUCGGCUCAUACCUGAAGUCUCUGGUGCCCUUUAUUCUCCAAGCUCUUAGUGAGGGUGAGCUUGAGAAGCACCUGGAGGAGAUUAGCGACGGAGACGACAUUGGUCAGGAAUUCAAUGAAGUGCGAGAGUCCGCCCUCGUGGCACUGGAGUCAUUCCUCGCGGCCUGCCCGACGGAGAUGCGCCCAUUUACCGACGACACCAUCAAAGCAACUCUCCGAUAUCUCAAAUACGACCCCAACUACGCAAUGGGCGACGACGACGAAGAUAUGGACGUUGAUGACGAGGAAGAUGAGGAGGAUGCAGAUGACGAGUUUGAAGAUGAUGCUGGCUUUGACGACGAUGACGACGCAAGCUGGAAGGUCCGUCGCUGUGCCGCUAAGGCUCUUUACACUCUCAUCUCAACCCGCGGAAGUGGUGAUUUGUUAGAGAAUGGUGUUCUCUACAGCCAAGCAGGGCCUACUUUGGUGAAGAGGUUCGAUGAGAGAGAGGAAAACGUACGCCUCGAGGUCAUUUCGUGCUUGUCUCUCCUUGUGCGCAAGACUGGCGAGGGCAUGUAUCCCACAGAUCUCUCACUGGACGACCAAGAGCCAGAGGCGCCUAGCUCGAUUCCUAUCAGCAGAAAACGCAGACGGCAGAGCAGCGGCGGCGGUUCUAUGAACACCCCCCAUGUUGCCACGGGUCUGACAUCCCCGACCCUCGAAAGAAUCCCUUCAUCUGGACCCCGCGCAGAUCUGGCUCGCUUCACCCCGACGAUUGUGAAGGCUUCCACUAAGCUGCUCAAAGGCAAGGUCAUUCCCACCAAGCAGGCCAUUAUCAAUCUCCUUGAUGAUAUCAUCACCGUCCAGCGAGGUGGUCUUUCCAACUACUUCAACGACGCCAUCAGCCCCAUCAUUGAGUCUAUUAAACCCACCGGGGCUUCGGCGCUUGCCUCGUCUCUAGCUGCCUCUGGUGGAAAUGCGUCCGCGACACCCAGCACUCUGCGUGUUGCCGCCCUUAAACUCACCAGCGAUAUUGCCAAGACCCACUCGUCGAGUCUUUUGCAGCCGUAUCUUACCAAGAUAGUGGCUGGUGUGAUUUCGGCAGCAAACGAUCGAUUCUACAAGAUUUCAAGUGAAGCCAUCGGGACGAUUGAGGAGUUGGUGAAGGCAAUCACUCCCCCUCGGUCCAAGAUGACAGCGCAGAAGUUCAAGGGCGAACUCCAGAAGCUUUUUGACACCAUUAUGGACAGAAUCACCGCAACUGACGCUGACGCCGAAGUCAAGCAGCGUGGUAUCCACGCUUUGGGAGUCUUGCUGUCUAGAACAUCCGGUGCCGAUGGAAAUGGCCUGAUUCCCGCGGAGAAGCGACAGGCUGCCUUGGCCGCACUUCUCGACCGCCUCAAGAACGAGACUACUCGCCUUGCCGCCGUUAGAGCUGUCGAUGACGUCGCGGCUUUCAGCACAAGCAGUGGUCAGCUCGAGACGUCGUGGAUCCGGGAGGUCGCUUUGGAGCUGGCGGGACAACUCCGCAAGGCUAACCGGGCUCUUCGCGGUUCUAGCGUCCUCGCACUGAAGCACUUGGUUGUGUCGCCGACUGCCAGAGGCCAACUGGACGCGGACACUAUUCAGGGCCUGGUCUCCUCGUUGGUACCUGUUAUUAGCAAUAACGACACUCACCUGCUGGCACCGGCCUUGCUCAUUCUCGCGACCCUCGUCGAGGAAAAUGCAGACCUCGUGGUGACGCAGUCAAUGACUGCUACUAUCUGCAGUCUUCUCAAGUCGAGCUACGCCGGCAUCGUCUUGGACCAGAUUCUCAUUCUCGUCACGAAAGUUGGUGAGAGCGGUGCUGGCCAGCCUCUCAUGCAAGGCCUUCUCAAAGACGUUAGUAUCGAUGGAGACCCCGUUGUCGUGGGCAAGGUCAUCGGGGCACUUCUUGUGGCCAGUGGAAGCUCGGCUGGUGUCACCGUCGAGAGCUUCAUUUCCGAGUUGCAAACUAGUUCUAGGAAUAAGGAUGACGCUCGCUUGAGCUUGGCACUUGCGGUUCUUGGUGAGGCUGGCCUCCGUCUUGGAGCCAACUCGCCGUUGAAGGCGGAUCUGUUCUUGCAACAAUUCCACGAUGAGCCCGACAAAGUCUCCAUUUCAGCCGCUGUGGCACUUGGCCGUGCUGGCUCUGGCAAUGUCUCUGAGUACCUCCCAGUCAUUCUGGCAACCAUGCAGAAGGGUGGUAACACACAGUACUUGCUUAUCCAAUCAAUCAAGGAGAUCUUGCAGCAAGUAACUGUUCUUUCCGCCGAGGUUUCAAAGUUCGCGGCCGACAUCUGGCAGCAUCUUCUCUCUGCCUCUACCAUUCCCGACAACCGAGUGGUGUGCGCGGAAUGUGUGGGACGGCUGACUAUUAUCGACUCUCAGACCUUUAUGCCUCAGCUGCAGUCCCUUCUCAGAAAUGAAAACCCCGAUAUCCGAGGCAUGUCUGUCCAGGCUGUCCGAUACACGCUGCCUGACAGCGACGAGGCAUUCGAUGCUAUGCUCAAGAAUGUUCUCGUCGACAUGCUUCUUGUUAUGCUGCAGGACUCGGAGAUGGACAACCGUCGCUUGGCGAUGUCAACGCUGAAUUCGGCUGCGCACAACAAGCCUGAUCUGAUUCUGCCUCACCUCGGCGAGCUGAUGCCGUUCGUGUUGACCGAGUCGGUGAUCAAGCCACAGUUGAUCCGAGAGGUCAUGAUGGGCCCCUUCAAACAUAUGGUGGAUGAUGGUCUUGAAGUCCGAAAGAGCGCGUACGAAACCCUGUACGCUCUGAUGGAGACGGCCUUCUCGCGGAUCAACAACAUUGACUUUUACGAUCGCGUGGUCGCGGGUCUGAAAGAUGACAACGACAUUCGCAGUCUCUGUAACUUGAUGGUGUCCAAGCUCAUCGCCCUCGACCCUGAUGAAACUGCUCGUCGCCUUGACUCCAUCGCGGAGGCUUACCGCGCCAUCCUGUCGACCAAGCUCAAGGAUGGAGCUGUGAAGCAGGAUGUGGAGAAGCAGGAGGAAGCCAACAAGAGCGUUCUCAGAGUUACGCUCCUGCUUGGAGACAAACUCAAGGGUGCCAAGGGCGGUUCCGGCAAGGCGGCAGCCAACGCCAAUGCCGGUGGUGCCAGCCAGGCGUGGAACGCUUACUGGGAGUGGGUCAACAAGGAGUUUCAAGCGCAGCUUAGAAGCCUGCGUGAGGAAAGCAAGGAGAACCGUGUCUUGUAG